AACAUCAUCACCACUUGCAUAUAUAGCCCACCAUGGAUGAUGAAAUAAGCUUCGUUGAAGAGAUGAAUCAACGGCUUCUAAUAACCGUCACCGAUACCGAACAAGUCCCCGAACUCCAAUCAAUAUCAUCACGAAACGACCAAGAAUCCGAACCAGCUAACAUCUCACAAUGGUCACUACUCUUCAAACUCUUUCUAGCCAUCACCAUCAUGGGUGCUUGCGUAGCAUGUGUCUCGUUUAUCAUAUUGAUUACACCAACUCCACCCACCGUUCACGUACAAUCCAUGCAUAUAUCCUUCGCCAACCACAAUCUACCGGUCUGGUCCGCAACGUUCUCUAUCAAAAAUCCUAACGAGAAACUCCACGUCACGUACCAGAAUCCUUCGGUGUGGUUGUCUCACCGGGGAAGACUUGUGUCGACGGUAAGAACCGAUUCGUUCGGACAGAAAGGCGGAGAGGAGAACAAGGUGAUUGUGAAUGGAGACGAAACCAAAGUUAUCGAUGAAGAGGCGGCUUGGGAAAUGGAGGAUGAAGUGGCGGUGACAGGAGGUGUGGUAGGUUUUGAUAUAGUGUUUUCUGGGAGAGUAGGGUUUUAUCCAGGAGUUUCUGCUUUAUGGGGAGAACAGUACAUGUCAGCUGUUUGUGAAAAUGUAAGAACGAAGUUGUAUAAUGUUGAUGACCAGAUCUAUGGGACAAAUAGAUCGGUUUUGUCGUUUGAUGGUCGACUAGAUUGUCGUGUACGUCUCCCGAAAUAUCCUUAGGUUAAUAAUGUCGACUAGAUUUUGUUUUUGCAUUUGUUAGGGUUGUAUGCUGUUCGAUGAAUUAUGUCUGAUUAACGAUGUUAUGUUACUUUUUUUUGACGA